UGCUCGACGGGUCCCACUGUCUUAGCUCGUUACAGAGGUGCGUAAGCAAACAUGCGUGUCAGUGUCUAAAGAAAAGAGGAACCAGACUGUUCAAGUUAACCGAUUUUGUACUUUGCUGUUGUUCUGUGCGGAAUAAAUAGGAUUUGGCUGUUUUAAGUCUCGGUGCGGGCAUCAGUGCGCGGAGAAGCGCACACAGGUGAAAGAGACGCUGGUGGCUUCAAACUCAACAUUUCCCGGCGUUGUGUAAAAUGACACAGUCGAAAUCUCCUAUGUUUGAAACAAUCUUUGUGAAGAUGACUAGCUUAAAGGCGUUUUCCGAGCCAUUUGGAAGAGUGGCUUCUGAACCAGUGGAGGACACUGAUCCCAGCACCUUUGUCACAGAGAUGUCUUUGAGGUCGAAUUACCCUGUUCAGGUCACCGAUCCACAAGAUCCUGUGACCUUACAGCUCCGCUCUGUUCCUCCUAGUUACCUGACUCCACCUGCAGACAGGAUACAACAUCCUGUGGAAAAUGAUGGAAGUGAAUUUAUUCCAUCAGCUUCUGUUUCAUCAGACUUCAGUAAAGAUCAUAGAUCCUGUAAGGAGUGUUCUCGUUCCGCCCCUCCACCCAAAAUCAGUGACCUGAUGAACGACGAAGAUCUUCUGUACACCCUGCGCUUAAAGUUAGACCCGACUCACUGCACUGUCAAAAACUGGAAGAACUUUGCAAGCCGUUGGGGGAUGAGCUACGACGAACUUGCGCUUCUCGAGCAGCGCACACACGGGUCCACCUAUCAAAGUCCCACGCAGGAGUUCCUGCUGCGUUACAACCAGAAAUCCGUCACGGAGCUCACAGAACUCUGCCAGCUCUACCAGCGCAUCGACGUGCUCCGGUUGCUCCAGAAAUGGAUAGAGAACGACUGGCCGUCGCGCUGGCAGAAGGCACAUUAGGUGGGGCUUAGCGAGAACAGCAGACAAGACUUCGGCGAAGAGACGUGUUUGUAGAAUCUAAAAUUAUUGACUUAUUAUUGACAAUGAGUCAGAACACACACUAACUGAUGAGUGGUUGUGCAGAAUGAGUCGACAGGGUUGUAAACCGGACAUUUGUUUAAUCACCAUUGCAAGUGGCUUUAUCACUUCCAGGGUAUUCAGAAAAUAGACUUGAUGACUUUGAACUUGGAAAAGAGGAUUAGAGUUACUACAGUCAUCUACUGUAUGGAUUGUAAGUGAGGUUACGGUGAACGCAGAAAGAAAUACACAGAAGAGAAUUAAUGGGUGCAUUUAUAGUUUUCACAAACUACACAUGACUAGACAUGCUUUUUGAAAUACCCCCAUGAUAUCUGGAUAUACCAAAGAUUGCUUUCUAGAUAAGUUGUGUCUUUGAAAUAUUGAUUUUACCCAUGCGGUGAUCAACUAAAAUCUGACCCUGGACCACAAAUCCAGUCUUAAGCCAAAAAUACAUUGUAUAUGUCAUAAUUAUAUAUUUUAAUUUUAUGCCAAAAAUCAUUAGGAUAUUAAAUAAAGAUCAUGUUCCAUAAAGAUAUUUUGUACAUUUUUCGCCAUAAAUAUACCAAAACUUUAUUCUGUUAGUGCAUGAAUAUGCUAAUGACUUCAUUUGGACAACUUUAAAAGCGAUUUUCUCUUUUCGCCUUUUUUGCACCCCAGAUUCCAUUGUAUCUCUGCCAAAUAUUGUCCUAUUCUAACACGCCAUACAUCAAUGGAAAGCUUAUUUAUUUAACUUUCCGAUCAUAAAAGGAUCAUUAUCAAUUUAAAAAUAAUAUCCCUUAUGACUGGUUUUGUGGUCCAGAGUCACAUUUAUGCAGUGAUUAAAUGGCGCACAUGAGAAGGAAUGAGGAAAGACCACCCAGGUGUGACUACAAAUAUAGAUUAUGUUUGGAUAUUGUUUCUCUGUCAUUUCAUAUAUGAAAUCGUAUUUAAUUUAUUUCUUAAACACAAAGUCAUCUUUACUCCUAACAUCAUUGGUUGUCUUUUAGUAAGUGUUAGUCACAUUCUGUGGAUCGCUGUAAGUUUUAGGACGGUUUCUCACCUGUACAUCUUGUGAAUGAAUCACAAAGAAAGUCAGAUUCUUAGUAUUGAAUGGUUGAUAAGAUCAGUCUCUAUUUUAAUUGUGUGAUAAUUCGUUUUUAUGAUGUACACUACUGGGCCACCACCAGCUUUGUUUUAAAAUGUGUUUUAAUGACCUUAUAUAUUUUUCAUGUGUCUUUAUUACAGAAAAUACAGGAAAUAUGUACACAAAAUUAAGACAAAACAAAGUUUGAAAAACAAAGUGCACUCUAAGAAAGGAUGUGUUAAUUUUUUAACACAUUGUUUUGUGCUAUUUAACACAUUAUGUGUCAGUUCGUGUUGAUUUUGUAUUUAUUUUGUUAAAUAAAUACAAGGGACAACACAAGAUGUGUCAAAACAACAAAAAAUGAUUUUGCAUACAAAUAUUCUGUAUUUUCUUGAUGUGUUGUAAUGAAGAGAAAUAAUUAUAUGUGGUGAUUAUACCAUUGCAAAAAGAACAAAACUAAUGGUGGCCUAAGACUUUGCCAUGUCAGUUUUCUGUGACAUUGCCUAUUAUUUCCCCAUUGCAACAUUUCUUAAAAUAACAUAACAUUUUGAUUGAUGUGAUCUUUCUCACUCCCAUAACAUUGGUUAAAUUAACACUUAGGUAUAGAGUAGGCCUACAUAAGAUCUGUAUGGAAAGCCUUGGUCUCAUUAUUAAGCCUCAUUCGUAAAAAACAAACAAAAGAGUUUAUCUGUAAACCAUUCAUGAAGCCAUUCGUACUCUGUGAACGCAACCAUUUUAAAUAAGAAGGUUUUCGUGAGAGGUUUUUGAAGUGGCCAUUUAAACACUGUUUAAAAUUUCACAAGAUGUCAUGUAGACUUUAUUGUGUCUAUAAGUUUAAUGUCCCAAUGCACUGCUCACUAAGCAUCUUACUAGGAAUGGCACUUAAACCUGGUUCUUUAAGAAAGAUUCAGCAGGAAGUUCUUCAGUGUCUCCAGGAAAUACGCAGUUUAAGAGCAGUAAAACUGCACAGAACAGUCGAUUUGAAAGUUGAUGUGACUUUAUGUAAGUUUAAGUUUGGGCUAUUUAAAAUGUUUACUCCUUAUCUCAAAAUAUGAUCCUAGAAGUUACAGAGUGUACAAACUGCAAUUCUGUUGUCAUUGUGAAACAAUAAAAAAAAUAUCACGCAGUAUCAGUAUGAGUUCUGGUGCAUUUUCCGCUCCUUUUGAUUGGCAGGAUAUAAUCUGAUUAUCAACUGGGCAAUUCCAUGCAAAUGUCAACCAUAUUAUGGCAAAGUUUUGAACUAUACUGAUGUCUCAGAUGUCAAUAUUUGGGACUUUAAAUACCUAUGCAAAGUCUCUGUUAAAGUUUUUAAAGCAUUUGUUUUUAAUUAUUUUCCAUCGUGCAAAGUUUAGAAUUGUCACAUCCGUAACAAUGUUUCUUCCUCAUAAAUGCGCAAACAAAAAUGAAAAUAAAUAUUAAAUGUUC